GCGGCGCUCGGAAGCGGAUUUUCGAAAGCAGCGCUCAAGAAUUCAUGUGCUCGAAGGACGAGACCUCGAGGUUGCAAAAUAUCGUCCAAUUUUUUUCUACUGAUCCAAUCUACGUUCGAGGAUACGGAAGCGAUCACGGAUUGUUCGCCAGCUUGCGGGAGUUCAUUCAGAGCUGAGGAUUGUUCGGUCCGGCGAGGUCGACCGAUUUGCGUUUGGGCCACGACCACUUUGUUGCAAGGCGAUAAGGAGUCUGUGAUUAGAUUGCUUCCUUUUUGGAGCGUGACAGGAGUCUGCGAGAUUGCAAAUCUGGAUUGAGCAUUCGAUUGCUUGUAAAUUUUUAGAUGGAGCAGUAUUUAGUCGACCACGGCUUGAAAGUCACUGUUGUCGACACCAAAGGCCGUUGCCUCGUUGCUGAUCGCGAUUUUAGCCCUGGUGAGAUAGUUUUGGACCAAGAGCCCUACUCAUCGGUGCUAGAUGCCGAGUCAAAGAGCCUACGAUGCGAUGCGUGCUUUAGAUGCUCAGAAAAUUUGCAGAGAUGCUCUGCCUGCAAGAGUGUUAGCUAUUGCUGCACCAGCUGCCAGAGGAAGGAGUGGAAACUGCACAAGAGCGAAUGUCAGAUGAUGGUGAAGCUCAGUCAAGCGAAACAAAAGUUGCCACCUCCGUCAUUACGGCUGAUAGUUAGGCUUGUCAUUAAGAGAAGAUUGCAAGCUAGCAAUGUCUUCCCCCGAACAAACGUCGAUAAUUUUGAGAUUGUGGAGGCUUUACCUACUCAUUUUUCUGAGACAGGAGAGGAGCGUUUGGUUCUAUACGCCCAAAUGUCGAAUCUGGUGAAAGCAAUUGUUACUCCCCUUGAGGUGGAUCUCAAAGAAACUUGUGAAUUGUUCUGCAGGAUUGCGUGUAAUGCACAUACCAUUUGUGAUGACGAGUUCAGACCAGUUGGCACUGGUUUGUAUCCCGUUGUAUCGAUCAUCAACCACAGCUGUGCCCCAAACUCAGUUCUUUUGUUUGAUGGGAGGAGAGCCAUCGUGCGAGCCAUACAGAAAAUAGACAGAGGAACUGAGGUGACAUUAAGUUAUGUGGAGCUUGCCGGCAGCACCAAAACUCGUCAGAAGGCUCUCAAAGAACAAUAUUAUUUCUCUUGUCACUGCACACGCUGCAUGAAUGCGGAAACCACAGAAGGAACAAGAGAAGAUUCCAUCCUUGAGGGUUAUAAAUGCUCCAAUGAGCAAUGUGAUGGUGCCGUAAUACAAGAGAGAGAUCAACCUUAUUUUCGGUGUAUACUCUGUGGUUUAACUCACGAUGGAGACAAGUUCAAGCGCUUGGAAUCAAUGGCAACUAAGCUGACGGAGGAAGCCAACGCAGCAGUUAAAUCCGGCAACGAUGCACGCGCGCGCUCCAUCUUCGAACAAACAGAAGCUAUCCAGACAACUUUAUACCACAGAUACUCAGUACAUCUUAUGCGAACAAGGGAUGGUUUGCUGAAGGUAUGUAUGUCUCUUAAGGAUUGGAAUGCGGCGCUGAAGUAUUGUCAUUUGACACUUCCUGCUUAUGAAAGAUCAUAUUCAAUGAAAUCGCCACUUGUUGGGCUUCAGUACUAUACUCUCGGCAAAUUACAAUGGUUCCUCGGCGAUUCCUUGGAAGAAAUUAGUGGUGUUGAAGUUUUGAAUCGUGCUAAAGAGAUACUGUCAAUAACGCACGGUUCUUCAUCGAAACUCGUUCAGGAACUCUCUAGCAUGCUUCUAGAGGUAAACAUGGAGGCGGCAUACAGAGUUCAAAAAGGAUUAAUGAAAUGACGGUGUGCAAAUGUGAACAGCUGAAGUGGCUUCCAAUAAUAAAAUUUGAAAUCGUAAAUACUAUUAUGGGGUGACAGUUAUGUGCCUCGGGGAGGAAGUCACGCGUGGUCAUUUGUUAUCUGUCUACAUGUACCUCUUUUAUAAUGAAACUGACCUCCAGUUUACUCAACGUCGUCGUUGACGGUUGGUUGUCCAUAAUAUCAGUGCUCGAUGCGUGGACACCUGGUUGCCUUACGUACUUCUCAA